AGAGAAACGAAUAGAAUUUUCUUCUUGUCACAGUUCACAAAACUCCAACCAAAACCAAACAGCUGCAAGGAAAAACGCUCCAGCUAGUUCUUGGCCUGAUAUAGCUCAACCACUAACCACUUUCCGCAUUUAUCAAAUUCAAAAAUCAAACAAAGUAAUUCCUUUGCCUCAUCGAAAUGGAAGACGUUCGCGAGGAAAACCAAUUCGUUGUGGAUGAUGUAAGCAAAAUCAUCAAGGAAGCCAUCGAGCAAACAAUCGGCGGUAACGCCUACCAGCACGACAAAGUCAACAACUGGACCAGCCUGGUCGUCGAGAACUGUCUCAGUGUCCUCACCAAGGAACAGAAGCCCUACAAGUACAUCGUCACAUCCAUGAUUAUGCAGAAAAACGGCGCCGGACUCCAUACAGCAAGCUCGUGCUUCUGGAACAACGACACCGAUGGCUCGUGCACCGUUCGUUGGGAGAACAAGACCAUGUAUUGCAUUGUUUCCGUUUUUGGUUUGGCCGUUUAAACACGUCUCUCUUCUCUUAUCUUCCCUUCAAUUUCUUUCCAAUUGAAUUAAAAGAACUCGUAUCCAACUCUUAUCGUAUCUCGACUAUGUUUGGGAAUUCAUUGCAGUUUGAUUAGCAGAUUAUGUAUAUUGACGAAUUGAUUGACUAAAUUGUAAGCCCACAGAGCUUAAGAAUAUGUACUUGAAGUUGCCUUGUUUCGUGUCGAUAUUACAAAUAAUAAUUAAACAAUAAACUUAACUAAAACAAAAAUUGUGGAAACAAAAACCUUGGAAAUCCUUCAAUUGAAAAUAAAAAUUUAGAAAAUGCAUCAUGACUGCAGAAA